AUGGGCUUCUCGUCGGCGGCCGUGGGCGGGCGCGUGUCGGCGCAGCACGAGGCGCUGGCGGCGCGCCAGGAGGCGGAGCUGCGCCUGGUGGACGCGAUGCGCCGCUGCCUGGCCGCCAAGGCGCGCGCCGACCGCGACUACGCCGCCGCGCUGCAGGCCGCCGCCGCCAAAGCCGACGACCUGCCCGCCGACAGCCUCGUCGCCAAGGCAUGGCGCGCCAUGAUGGAGGAGAUGGAGGCUGCGGCCAAGACGCUGCGUCAGAACGCCGAGGUGGUGGAGAGCCAGUCGCUGGAGGCGCUCAACAACAUCUACGCCGAGAAGCGGCGCGCCCGCAAGCAGUACAUGGAGGACUACAACAAGAUCGUCUCGCAGUUCUCACAGCUGAUGGAGGAGGUUUCCCGCAAGAAGACGGAGUACCAGAAGUACCUGGAGCUGUACAAGCUGAUGCGCUCCCGGUUUGAGGAGCACUACGUGAAAGCGGGCCGCGGCGGGCGCAAGCUGGACGAGGUGCGGGACAAGUUCCAGAAGGCGUGCCGGCGGCUGCACGCCACGCACAACGAGUACGUGCUGCUGCUGGCGGCCGCGGCGGAGGCGGAGCGCGCCCUGCGCCACCUGCUGCUGCCGGCCGCGGGCCGCCGCGCGCGCGCCGCCCACCUCGCGCUGCUGCCCGCCUGGAGGCACGCGCUGCGCGCCGCCGCCCCCGCGCCCGCCCCCGCGCUCCAGGCCGCGCUCGACGCGCUCGACGACGCCGGCCGCGAGUACGACGAGUUCGCCGCCGACCCCGCCAGGUCGCCGCCGCAGGGGCCGCCCACGCCGACGCUGUCGUUCGACGACAGCCUGGUGGAGGACACGUCGGGCAAGCUGCUGCCCAACCAGCUGGCCGUGGACAACCUCACCAUCGAGAGCCUGCGCGCGCGCCUGCUCGAGCUGGAGGCCGGCGUGCGCGACAACCAGGAGCUGCAGCACCACCUCACCGCGCAGCUGCCCUCCGAGCCGGCCGCCAGGGAGCUGGUGGAGGUGCAGUGCGUGGAGCGGCGGCUGCAGCGCCAGCUGGAGAUGAUCCGUGGCGCGCUGAGCGAGCUGGGCUGCGAGGAGGUGCCGUCGGGCUGCGACCUCUCGCUCUCCGUGGAGGCCGCCUUCCGACCGCCGCCCGCCACCAACGGCGCCGUCGCCACCGCCGCAGACGCCGACGGCGGCGCGCUCACGCCGCCAGAGGCGCCUUCGACGCCCACGCAGGGAGGAGAGCGCCGCACGUCCGAGUCGACGUUCGCGCUGGUGAGACAGCAGGUGCGGCACCACUUCGCGACUCUGCUGCGCAAACCGUUCCGCAGGAAAUCCGUGCCGUCCUCCCCCGCGGUGUCGGUGCGGGGCCUGCCCCCCUCUGGUGGUGGUGGUGGUGGUGGUGGUGGUGGUGGUUUGCGCGGGGACAGGGGACACAGUGAGCCGGCUGACGACAAACUGGUGCAGAGCGCGCUGCCCGGCGGCCGGCCGCUGCAGGAGGAGGAGUGGUUUCACGGCGUGCUGCCGCGCGACGAGGUGGUGCGCCUGCUGACGCACGAGGGCGACUUCCUGGUGCGCGAGACGGUGCGCCACGAGGAGAGCCAGGUGGUGCUCUCCGUGUGCUGGGCCGGCCACCACAAGCACUUCAUCGUGCAGACCACCGCCGACGGCAGCUUCAGGUUCGAGGGUCGGGCCUUCCCGACGGUGCAGGAGCUGAUCCAGUACCAGCAGCAGAGCCAGCUGCCGGUGACGGCGCGCUCUGGCGCCGUGCUGAGCCGCGCCGUCUACCGCGAGCGCUGGGAGCUCAACAACGAUGACGUCAUCCUCGUGGAGCAGAUCGGCCGGGGUAACUUCGGGGACGUGCACAGAGGUAAACUGCGAAAAACUGGGAUGGAGGUCGCCGUAAAAACCUGCCGAAUGACGGUCCCCGAAGAGCACCGACGCAAAUUCCUCCAAGAGGGGCGCAUCCUGAAGCAGUAUAACCACCCGAAUAUUGUCAGGCUGAUCGGAAUCUGCGUGCAGAAGCAGCCCAUCAUGAUAGUGAUGGAGCUCGUUCCAGGUGGCUCGUUGCUCAAGUUCCUGCGCAGCCACGAGGACGGUCUGACGCAGCGGCAGCUGCUGGGGAUGUGUCGCGACACCGCCGCGGGCAUGAGCUACCUCGAGUCCCACAACUGCAUCCACCGUGACCUCGCUGCCAGGAACUGUCUCAUAGGCCAGAACAACAUAGUCAAGAUUUCGGACUUUGGCAUGUCUCGAGAAGAAGAGGAGUACAUUGUUUCUGAUGGAAUGAAGCAGAUACCUAUCAAGUGGACAGCACCAGAGGCCCUAAACUUUGGUAAAUACACGUCACUGUGUGAUGUGUGGAGUUAUGGCAUUCUCAUUUGGGAAAUAUUUUCUCGUGGAGGAGUGCCGUACAAUGGUAUGAGUAAUUCACAGGCACGCGAGAAAAUUGACAAUGGAUACCGGAUGCCGAAGCCCGAUGGGACGCCAGACGAGAUGUACCGCCUGAUGCUGAGCUGCUGGGAGUACAAGCCCGAGAAGCGGCCACAUUUUGACCAGAUCCUGACGGUCGUCGAGACUCUGUACGGCGCUGCGAGGUAGAUCGUGGCCCGACUGUCACUAUGGUGCCGAAAGCUGUGACCGUCAUUACGUAGUUGCCGAAGUGAAUUCGAGAAGAGUGGUCACAGCGGUAUACUAGUCCGACCCGAGUGCCUCCAAACAGCUGGUAGAAAACACCCUCUGUAUUUAUCAAAUACAUUGUCAGGUGCUAGUCAUUAAGUCUGGCUGAGAUAAUCGUGUCAAUACAGUAUUAUUGUGCCAAGUUUCUCAUUUAUUUCAGAGACGUAUGUAGCCAAUCUUUGUGUAGCUAUUAACAAGUGUAAAACAGUAUAAAGCAGCUAGUGAACAAAAUUUCUUACCUGCUGGAUAUUCAUUGUGCUAUGUGUACAGAAAUGUUAAUACUUUAAAAAUUAGUGGACUUGCUCAACAUCCUAUUCUUUUAUACUGAAAUUAUUUUACAUUACAAAUGUUUAAUCAGCCAGACAAAUUAGAGCCAAGAUACUGUUACUAAAGAAUCUCAGGAGAUUUGAAAUGUUGAGGCAGCUAAUGCUACAGUCACAGUUCAGUUUCUGUGUCAUCAUCUUUCACAUUUCUAGAAACGAGAGCUACUGUUAUGGCCAUCUGUCCCUAAAUGUCUUUUGUGUUACUGUUAACAUUAAUUGUGUGUAAAAUAAAAUGUUAGCAUGUUAAUAUUGUAAUUCAAUAAAGAAAACAAAAAACCA